GCCACAUCCACGAGCCACAGAUGGCCAAGCCUCACGGAGAACGCGGAGAAGGAGCCCAGAGGCCGCAGAGCCACGAUUUCGCGAGCGAUAGCGCAGGAGGAUCUGCCAGUCGAGUAUCUGGAGAAUUGGCACGGCUCGAACCAGGCUCCCCUGUCCCAUCUGAUUCUGAAAAGCCUGCGUUGCGCACCCUGACUUUCUGGCGCACUGCACCCCAGGGACCUCCAAUUAUGACGUAAAAUGGCUUCGAGGCCCCC